AUGUCUGCCUCUCUUCCAGGCAAUCGAGAAUUACCCGCUUCUCAGUAUGAUCUCAGUACAUACUGGGGACGGGUAAUGCAUUCUGCGGCCAUUUCAGACCCUAGAACAUUGUUGGUCGACAGCGCCGGAUUGGAGCAUGCGAAAAGUCUCAUUUCGAGUUAUAAACAGGGGAAGAUCCAUGAAAUGACUCCGCAGUUAUGGAAUGCGAAAAAGAUUGUCGAUUCAACAUUACAUCCGGAUACCGGCACUCCAGUUUUCCUUCCAUUUCGAAUGUCAUGCUUCGUCUUGUCGAAUUUGGUAGUUACAGCAGGAAUGCUUACACCAGGAUUGGGAACGACAGGAACAUUGUUAUGGCAAAUUACAAAUCAAUCUCUUAAUGUGGCUAUCAACAAUGCCAAUGCCAACAAAUCCACACCUCUCUCAACCUCAAAAAUUGCACAAUCUUACUUUCUCGCAGUUGGAGCUUCUUGCUCUGUUGCACUUGGUCUCAAUGCUCUUGUUCCAAGAUUAAAGAAAGUCAGCCCAGGCACCAAGAUGAUUCUUGGAAGAUUGGUGCCCUUCGCUGCCGUUGCAAGUGCUGGAGCAUUGAAUGUUUUCUUGAUGCGAGGAGAAGAAAUUAGAAAAGGCAUUGAUGUCUACCCAGUUCUCUCAGAAUCGGAUAAGGUAAAGCUUGCAGCAGAGGGCAAAUCUGAGUCCGAGGUUGCUUCAUUGGGCAAGAGCAAGAAAGCAGCCACUAUUGCCGUCUCGGAGACAGCUAUCAGUCGAGUUUUGAACAGUUCUCCAAUUAUGGUUAUUCCAGCAUUAAUUUUGGUGAGAUUACAGAAGAAGCAGUUUCUCAUUAGAAACCCUAGACUCACAUUACCGAUCAAUCUGGGUCUCAUUCUUGGUACUAGUUUAUUUGCUCUACCUCUAGCUCUAGCGGCCUUCCCUCAACGCCAAAGCGUAGAUGCAUCAACGUUAGAGGAGGAAUUCUGGGGCAAGGGCGGAGAGGGUGGAAAGGUGGUUUUCAACAGAGGAAUAUGA